ACACAUUUAUGCUCUCCCACCAUCACAAUCGGUAAAGGGCUAAACCACAACCAGAAUCUUUCCUUUCCAACAUUUUUUUGACCAAUUUAUUAACUUUCUUCAUUUCACACAUUGCCUUUUUCAAUGAAGAAAAUGUGGUUCAACUUCAAGAUUGUAUGGCUUUUAGCUGUUGCAAUAACUCUUGUUGGGGCUGGAGAGAUUUGCCACUCCAAUGACCUGAAAGGGCUAGAAGGUUUCCGGGUAGGGAUCCGGUCAGACCCGUCUGGUCGGACCGAGACAUGGACCGGUCGAGGCUGCUGCAGCUGGGAAGGAGUAACGUGCGAUAACGCAACCGGGAGAGUGACCGAGAUCAAUCUCCCGGGCUUAUUCACUUCAGAUGAUGUUCCUGUCCAAACUUCCAUGUCUGGUGUUCUAUCUCCUUCAAUUACACUUCUCACAUCUCUUCAAGCCAUUGACCUAUCCGGCCUCAUCGACUUAACCGGGGAGAUCCCUCCAACGAUCGGCUCCCAUCUCCCCAGGUUACGGAAGCUUGCCCUCUCCGGCAACAAAUUCAAAGGCACAUUGCCUGAGAGCAUAGGUAAGAUGUCUGAACUCCAAGAAUUGUACCUGUCUGAAAACAGCUUCACUGGCUCUAUACCUGGAAGCAUAGGAAAUCUCCAAGGGCUGAGGAUGUUGGAUUUGCAUUCCAACCAAUUAUCGGGUGCUGUUCCAGAGUCGAUAACAAAGUUAUCGAACCUAGAACGCCUCGAGCUACAGAACAAUUUCCUGACAGGAAGCAUACCUGGCAGCAUUGGUGAAUUGAAGUGUCUGAAGGAGCUUGAUCUUUCAAACAAUUCGUUAUCCGGACGAAUCCCAUCUUCGAUAACUAGGUUGAAGAUUGUAUCAAUUAUCUACCUCGACAACAAUCACCUCGUUGGGGAAAUUCCGCGGCUUGGCCAGAUGCCUUCCCUGGCCUUCCUCAGACUCAAUGACAACAACCUGACAGGAAAGAUCUCUUACUCCUUCGGGUUCCUGUCGUCCCUGCAACGAGUUUCGUUAGCAAACAACGCGCUACACGGAUUGAUUCCUUCGAGCAUAGGCAAUCUGAGAUCAUUAACAGAGCUGUACCUGCACAACAACAGGCUAUCAGGACAACUACCGGCCUCGAUGAGCCAGCUUGCGAAUCUACUCAUUUUCAGCGUCUCGUACAACUUGAUCGAAGGGCCGUUGCCACACCAAAUGGCAGCCCUCACGAAUCUCCAAACGCUCGACCUCUCCUUCAACCAGCUGAACUUCUCCAACAUCCCCAAGUGGCUACUGAAGUUGCCUUCCCUGUCGAGAAUUUUCUUGGCCGGCUGCAAUAUCAAAGGUGGACUAACGGAGGAUGUACUUACCACUCCGAGCCCACUGCAAGAGCUCGACUUAUCAGCGAACCACCUGACAGGAAGCAUCCCGGGAUGGAUUGGUAAACUAACAGAGCUCUACUCGUUGAACUUAUCACUCAACGGCCUUGUAGACACGAUCCCUGGCUCGAUCAUGGACUUAACAAGCCUCGGGGUGCUAGAUCUCCAUUCCAACAAGCUAGCAGGCUCUCUAGAAUGGGGAUAUAAAGGGAGAUCCUUGACGUUUCUUGAUCUUUCCGACAACAGCUUCACGGGUGGCAUCGAGGAAAUAGGCAAGGGGACGAUGCAAGUCGACAUACAGUACAUCAAUCUAUCACACAACAUGAUCAAAGGUAGACUGCCUGAUUCCAUAGGGAGAUUGGAGUCACUGAAGAGCCUGGACUUGAGCUACAACAGCCUCGACUCUGAGCUACCAGCGGCGCUGGGAAAUGCGAGCUCCAUGGAAAACUUGAAGCUGCAGAGAAAUCACUUCACCGGGAAAAUACCAGAUGAAUUUCUCAAGUUCAAGAACCUCAGGGACUUGGACCUUUCGAGCAAUUCUCUCGAGGGAAGAAUUCCGUACGGGGAGCCUCUGAUCGACUUCCCGAGAGGCUCGUACUUGGGAAACAAAGAUCUGUGUGGCGCGCCACUCGAACCCUGUCGGCCUUGAGACCUAACAUUUUUUGUUCUUCAACAUUUAGCAUCUUUUCCUUAGCAUCUUACUUCAAACUCAUUACUCAUCACAUUCCAUGUAAAAAAAACUGUAUUCAUCCACCAUAAUCUUGAUGUUUA